AUGGGUGGUUCUGCAUCAAAAGUGACGCCAAAUGAUGCGCGAGCUGAUGCGAAUGCGGCCAAUACGAUAUCUGAGAACAGAAAUAUCUACAAGCUGGUUGACAUGCAUGGCGGAGGAUCGCUUAUUCGACUUGCCAGGACGUGCAAAGAAAUGAAUUCGAUGAAUAUGCUUGAUGCCUAUAUCGACCAGGAGAUUCGCAAAUAUCUCUACAACUCCGGAAAAGGAAAAUUGGUGCCGGUGGCUGAGCUCGUCAAAAUUCGCAACAAAGAACGAAACGCAAAACUCGGGGCAUUUUCUCGAAAGAAAGGAAAAGGAAAAAGUGGGCCGAACAUUCUGGAUGAGUUCGAUCAAGGCCAAGCGGAAAUGGGCGAUUUGAAAAAAGCAUUGAAAUUGUUGGACGGCGGUGGAAAAGGCGGCAAAUCCGAAUCGAAAUAUCGCGAAAUUUGUUGGAAAUUGGAUGAAAGAGGAUCGAUGGGAGAGAAUUUAGUGGCGAUUUGUCUAAUACAAGGAACCGAAAUUCAUAACAUAAUUGUGAAAAGACUUAUCGCGUUUUAUCCGAAACUUGUCAACGAUAUUUGCGUUUCCGAGGAUUAUUAUGGAUUAUCGCCGUUGCACCUAGCAAUUAUCAACCACGAUGCUCCAUUCGUUUCAUAUCUUUUGAGAAUGGGAGCCGAUUUAAACCAGCGAUGCUACGGAGCAUUUUUCUGCGCCGAAGACCAAAAAGCGAGCCGAACGGAUAGUCUUGAGCAUGAAUUUGUCGAGUUAUCGAAAAACACAAAUUACACAGGAUCAAUGUACUUUGGCGAAUUUCCGCUUUCGUUUGCAAUUUGUAUGGGACAACACGAUUUGGUGCGAAUGUUGCUCGCCAAAAGGGCCAAUAUGAAUGCUCAGGAUACGAAUGGAAACACUGUGGUGCAUUUGUGCGUCAUUCACAACAAAAUGGACAUGCUCGACGCGAUAAUUGAAGCUGGCGGGAAUCUUCGAAUUGCGAAUAAACAAAAUCUCACAGCUCUCACAUUAGCUGCCCGUCUUGCAAAGAAAUCGAUUUUUGAUAAAAUUCUCCAACUGGAAUGCGAAAAAGUGUGGACAUAUGGGAAUUCUCAAUGCGUUGCUUAUCCGCUAACAAAAAUUGAUACAAUCGAUGAAUUGACUGGAGAAAUGAAUGACACUAGCGCACUUUCCCUUGUAGUUUAUGGGGAAACAACUCAACACUUGGAAUUGAUGGAUGGAUUAAUUGAACAGAUUCUUGAUGAAAAAUGGAAAGCGUAUGGCAAAAAACUGUGGCUUCGAUCAUUAUUUAUGUUUCUUAUAUUUUAUUGUUGCUUCACAACAGCCUACAUGCUGAGGCCGUCUUCAGCAACUACGGAACAUUUGACAAAAGGGAGAAUAAAUGACGAUGGAGAAACCGAAACAAAGAAUUCGUCAAAUUUCUUGGAAUGGCAUUCCACCGAAACACAAUGCCACUUGCUUCACUAUUCACAAUGGCCUUGGUAUUAUGGAUGGCUUCGUCUCGGCUGUGAAUGUGCCACUAUUGUUCUGAUAAUCUUCCAAACAUUUUUCGAUAUCGGUGAUAUUAAGAGAAUCGGAUUUCAAAAAUGGUUCAAUUUUCUGAAAGCCUUUCCGGCAAAACUUUGCUACAAAUUCUCGUUCUUAUUCAUUCUCCUUGCCGUUCCGUGUAGAUUAUCGUGUUCUUUGCAUGAGAAUUUUCUCACUUUCGACAAUACACUGGCCAUCAUAAGUGUUAUACUUGUUACUCAACAUUUCCUAUAUUUUAUGAGAGCAAUUCCAUUUGUGGGACCCUUUGUCUUAAUGGUUUACACUAUAAUAGCCACCGAUUUAGUACGAUUCGCCAUGAUUUAUUCGAUUUUUCUCAUUGGAUUUUCCCAAUCGUUCUAUGUGAUUUUCACGUCGUGCGAACGGUCCGCAGCUCAAAUGAACAGGAUUGAUCCCACAAAGUCGGAAUUUACGAAUAUAAUGGAAAAUCCGAUUGAUGCGCUCUUACGAACAUUUAUCAUGACCAUUGGUGAAUUUUCGGUGCUUUAUCGCGAAAUGGCUGCUUGUGAUGGCGUCUUGAUGCGAAACUUAGGAAAAGUGAUGUUUCUGUUUUUUGAAAUUUUUGUGUCAAUCCUUCAAUUCAAUCUUCUGAUUGCUAUGAUGACAAGAACCUAUGAAACAAUAUUCUUAACUAGGAAAGAGUGGAAAAGACAGUGGGCUCAGGUCAUUUUGAUGCUCGAAAUGAGUUUGUCACCGAAAACUCGAAAAAUGCAUCUUUUGCGGUACACUCGUCCGACGGGAAUGAAUAAGCAAGUUCGGAGCUAUGUGGUUGUUGGUAGAGGAGAUGGAGAACGUGGUGAAACUCAGGAACUUGAAGCUCGAGAAGCCAAAGAAGAGAAGAAGCGGGAGGAGAGGCGUCAGAUACUGCGGAAAAAACAGAGGGAACACGAGCUGAAAACUAAAGCGAUUGCUCUACUCGGCUCCAAAUUGAAAAUGGAGGUCACGAGACGGCGUUUGAUUCGACAGCAGACGCUCGAUGCAAACUCUCGAAUUUGA